CAAUUUCGAAAAAUGGAGGAGAGAAAGCAAAAGGUCGUCGUUGUCGGUGCUGGCCCGGUCGGGUCAUUGGCUGCUCUUUAUGCGGCCAACCGUGGUCAUGAUGUUGAGAUUUAUGAACUGCGCGGUGACCUCCGUGAUCCCUCAACAACACCACUCAACUUCACCAGAUCCAUCAACUUGGCCCUCUCAGAACGCGGCCUCAAAGCUAUGCGCCAUGCCAACCAGCCAAGACUCAUCGAUUAUGUCAAAGGGGUGACCAUCCCCAUGAGAGGCCGCAUGAUCCACGGCAAGCGACCAGAUGGAAAAUUGUAUGAGGAGGCUCAAGACUACGACAUCCAUGGACGGAGCAUCCUCGCCAUCGACCGUGGCGACCUGAACAAGCGCCUCCUCGACAUGCUCGAAGAGAUGCCCAACGUCACCUUCUUCUUCAACCACAAGCUCACCGGCGCCGAUUUCAAGCGGAACAAGGCCUGGUUCGAAGACCGAGACGAGAGCACCUCCAACCCACGAGACCGAGCCCGCGAAAUCGAGGUCGACUUCGACUUUAUGAUUGGUGCCGAUGGCGCCCACUCCGCGGUCCGCUACCACCUGAUGAAGUUUUCCCGCAUGGACUACCAGCAAGAGUACAUCGACACACUCUGGUGCGAGUUCCAGAUCGCCCCAUCAUCAUCAGCCAAGUCCAAGUUCAGGAUAUCCCCCAACCAUCUACACAUCUGGCCCGGCAAGGAAUUCAUGUUCAUCGCCAUCCCAUCCAACGACGGCUCCUUCACCUGCACCCUCUUCGCCCCCGCCGCCAUCUACGAGCAACUCGAAGAAGCCGCCAGCACCACCACCGGCGGCACUUCUUCCUCUUCCAUCCCAGACUUCUUCGACAAGCACUUCCCCGGCGUCACCUCCCUCAUCACCCCCGCCGACCUCGUGUCCCAGUUCCAAACCAACCCCCACCUCCCCCUUAUCAGCAUCAAAUGCAAACCCUACCACUUUUCCUCGUCCGUCGUCAUCGUCGGCGACGCCGCCCACGCCAUGGUCCCCUUUUACGGACAGGGCAUGAACGCUGGCCUCGAAGACGUGCGCAUCCUGUUUGACAUUCUCGACAAGCACGACCGCAUGACCAACGACGACAGCAGUCUCGAGGCGUCGCAGCGGGAGCUUGCGCUGGCCGAGUACAGCGCCGUGCGCGUGGCGGAUGCGCACGCCAUUAAUGAUUUGGCGCUGCAGAACUACAUUGAGAUGCGGUCGUCGGUGCUGUCGCCCGUGUAUAGGUGGCGCAAGGCGCUGGAGGAGUGGCUGAGUGUCUAUGUGCCGAGUCUGGGGUGGCAGACCAAGUACUCGCGGGUGUCGUUUGGGAAUGAGAGGUAUUCGGAGGUGGUGAAGAAGAGUGAGCGUCAGGGACAGGUGUUGCUGCGCAGUUUGGUUGGUGGUGUUGGUCUGCCGAUGUUGGCUGGUGGCUUGUUCCUGUGGUUCAGGUAUAAGGGCGCGUUGGGCCGGGCGGCGUACGGGGUGUUUUAUAACUUUAUGGGGAUGGUGUGUAGGACGAUUCAUGGGAGGAGGCGGUAAACUGGACGUCCUUUCUUGAGGCUGGUGGUGAAGAAUUGAGAAAGGAGGGGGUCGUGUACGAUUCGGGUGUAGCAUUGGCAAAUGGUUCUGAAAUAGCAAGUUUGUUGCAUCUUGAGAUGGUGAGCUUUUCGGUUGUCGCUUAGAACAGCUGAUGUCUCGUACGCAGGCCGGACCGAUCCUUUAAUAGAAUGCUCACGAAUAAGUUCAAC